UUCGGACUCUCACAGUUCUGCCGAAGUUUUCGCGAAAUUCCUCACUUUCCUCUGUUCUCUGGUUCCCCGGGGAAAAAUGAGAGUGCUGAAGAAGAGCGACGGCGGCCCCGCCUCUGGCCGGCGACCAGGAGGUAUCAUAGCCGGAGGAAGUCCGGCAGGUUUGGAAUUUCUGGCGGAUAUCGCCGCUGCGGUCAGUGAUUGCGAGGAGUUGUGCGGGUGCGGACACUCCGACCCUCGCAUUUGUUUCUUGACGGUCAAGAAACGUAAGUCUCUGUUUCUCCAAACCCACCAUUCCCUCCUCCAGCGAAACCCUAGCAACCCUCCGAUCAAUCACCGGCCAAACACCGAGCAUUCUCUUCUCCUCCCCCAAAACCAUAGAAACCCUCCGAUCAAGAUCGUGAUCAAGCACAAACCACUUCCUGAACAACAACAUUCCGCCGUCAAAGUCUCCGUCUUUCCUCCUUCCCCUGCCGUCGUUGCCCCUGUUUCACUUCCACAGCAGCCACUGCCCGCCGCGAUUCCUCCAUCCACCGUCUCCCCAGCUGCGGAAACUCGUCGAAUUCCGGUGGGUUUCGCUGCUCCGCUUCUGAAUCCACGGCAGGUAGAAGAAUUUCCCCUGAGCCUAAAAGCUAGGGUUUCCGCGACCGUCGGCGGGGAAGGAGUCUGUUCCUUGGCGAGCAAGUUUUCUCUGGUGAUUCGGAAGAAACUAAGGGACACUGAUCUCAGGCUCAACCACAACCGUCUUUCAAUUCCCGGGAGGCAGAUAUCAACCGGGUUUCUCGAAUUUCUAACGGACGAAGAAAGACGGGAGCUGAAGAUUGGCGGGAAGAUCAAGCUGGCGUUUUUCUUGGACCCGGAUUUCCAAAUCGCUGCAUCAUCAUCAUCAUCUCCUUCCGCCGAAGGAUGCAAACUGGGGAGGUGGAAAAUGAACUCGAGCGAAGUCUACAUUGUAAACGGCGGCGGGUGGAAAUGGCUGCUGAGGAAGAAUCAGCGGAAACUGUUGAAUUUGAGUCCGGGAGAUGAGAUGGAGUUGUGGAGCUUCAGAACUGUAAACUCAGGGGAGCUCUGUUUCGCAUUCAUCGCCGCCGAGACAAGAAGAAGAAGAGCUGCCGAGAAGGAAAUUAGGGAAAGUGGAAAUUCUGAUUGUGAUGAGAAGCCGGUAGAGCAAGAAUCUGCCGUGGCAGCCAUGGGAAGGACUGAGUAUGGAAGCAGUAAAAUGGAUAGCAGCAGCAAUAGCAGCACUCUCACUCAUCAAGAACAAGAAGAACAACGACAACACCUUGUUCUUGAUCUGUCACUUAGAAUGUAGUUCUCUGAUUAACAAGAAAACUUUGGGGAAUUGCUUCUGUAUAUAUAUAUAUAUUCUCAAUCAUUUGACAGGAUGACGAAGAAAUGGAAGACUUUUGUUUAUCUAAGAGAUCAGUCAGUCUCUGUUUGGAUUACUUUGUCAUUCUUUUCCAGUAGUUGCAUCUUUAACCCCUGUUGUUAGAUUAUAUAACGCAGAAAAUCUGCUAUUUCAACAACUCGAGUUGUGAAAAUCAUUUAGUUCACAACAUAAUAUACAAAAUUUAUCAUAUGUUCGAAUCCAAAAGAUUUCAAGUGAGUUGAUUUUCUUCUUCUUCUCUUCCAUUAUGUUUUUUCCAAGUUGGUCUCUGUUUUUCCUUCUCCCCUGACCCCUUUCUUUUGGCGUCUAGCUGGAUUUUCCUUAAACAAGUCUUCGUCGCCAUGGCCAUCUGGCCAUCCAGCACAUGCCCAACCUAAGCUACAAUACAAAUGUGUUUCAAAAGCUAGCUAUAGAAAUGACAGGAGGCCAUAAGGUCACAGGUCAUAUAGCCUGGUGGUAAGGGAGGCGGACUUGCGAUCGAGAGGUUCCAGGUUCGAUCUUCAUCGCCUUUAUGGUGUUUCCGGAGGCACCCCACACAUAAACUAUUUGCUCUAUUGUAAGCUAGUCGCUAGCCAGAGAGAUUCUCGAAAGUGAGGAGAAAUGGAGAAAAGAGAGAUCUCUAGAACGGUGUUUGCAAAAAUGCUCUUAUCCUACCAGCCACCCGACCCAAAAAUAGUCUAUCGAAAUACCUUAUCACCGACUCUUCCGAUACAAUAAUUCGACUUUUGUAUAACUUCUAAGUUAUAGAAUGAUCAGUAACAUGCUGUUCGUGGCCCUUACCCAGUAGUGCUGCAUUAAUCUUCUGGCUGGCUGGCUGGCUAGCUCCUCCAUUAUUGCCUCCUGUAGUGCUUCAAUUAUAUGCCACCCUCCAACUUGCCACAAUCAUCCAUUGAUUAAGUAAACAAAUAUCAUCGUACUUAGUACAUUAUAAUGAAAUAAUUCUGUUAUA